UAGCAAAAGGAGAGAAAAAAAGAGAAGAAAUUUGUCUGUCGUUUUAUAGGAACAAUUGAAUAAAAUACUACUGAAUUAAGAAAUAAUAUAUAUUUCGUCGAUUAAGCUUCCAUCGCCGUCCGAUACUCCGGCCCUCUCUCAUCUUUCAUCAUCAUCGAUUAAUUCGAAGACUUUUAGAUUCCUUUCAAAAUGAUACGAAACCAAAACAAUCAAUUUGAAUAUUCAGAAUCCUUCCACAUCUUUUGAUUUUCCUACGAUUUUCUCAGCAACCGCAUGGUCCCCAACCCAAAUUUUUUAAUCAACAAUCCGAAGUUGUAGCUUUUCUCGUAUGUCCUUUACUCCACACUCUUCAAGCCGGCUCUCUUUCCCCUUUUGACAUCACUCUCUUGGAUUUCUCACCCUCUAAUUUCUGGAGGGUUUUUUAAAAUCAGCUGGAGCUAAAAUUACAAGUCAUAUGGCAAUCGAAUCGAUGGAUACUCGCGACGAAGAGGCGCCCCUGUUCGUUGAUGUUUCGGGAGGUGAAACUCCCAAAAGCCGAACGAGGGACGUUCAUAUUUUGAGCUGCGCCUUCUUGUUGAUCUUCCUUGCUUAUGGAGCUGCUCAGAAUUUAGAGACUACUAUUAAUUCCGAAGGAAACUUGGGAACGGUAUCACUCGGGAUACUGUAUGUAUCAUUUGCGUUUUUCUCCUUGUUUGCUUCGCUGGUGGUUCGAGUACUGGGGUCGAAGAAUGCUGUGGUGUUGGGGACUACUGGUUAUUGGUUGUAUAUAGCUGCAAAUUUGAAGCCUACGUGGUAUACUAUGGUUCCAGUUUCACUGUAUAUGGGUUUUGCAGCUUCAAUAAUAUGGGUUGGGGAGGGGACAUAUCUUACUUCUAUUGCACGCAGUCAUGCUAUAGAUACCGGCUUACAUGAAGGAACUGUGAUUGGUAACUUCAAUGGAGAAUUUUGGGCAGUUUUUGCUCUUCACCAGUUUGUUGGGAAUCUGAUCACACUUGCAGUACUGCCAAAGGGAACGGAAGGAAGUACCGGCAGCACGACUUUGCUUUUCAUUGUCUUUCUUUGUAGUAUGACAUUAGGUACAAUUCUUAUGUGUUUCAUAUGUAAAACCAAUGACAAAGAGAAGGUAUCAGAAGAUUCUUCUGUCAGUUUUUGUUCUGCUGUGGCAUCUCGGUUGAAUUCAGUUAUCCUUCCUUUGCUUGACAUGCGGAUGCUGUUGGUCAUUCCUCUUAUUGCUUAUUCAGGAUUACAGCAAGCUUUUGUAUGGGCUAGUUACACCAAGGACAUUGUAAACCCAACUCUUGGAGAGGCUGGUGUAGGUGGUGCAAUGGCAGUUUAUGGUGCUUUUGAUGCAAUUUGUUCCCUGGCGGCUGGUCGACUCACAUCUGGCCUCAGAUCAAUUACUGUAAUAGUUUGUGGGGGAGCUUUUUUUCAGGCAUUGAUACUCCUCUGGCUUUUGCUAAAAUACAGUGCAACUAGUGGAGUGCUUGGCGUAAUAUACCCUCUUCUCAUGGCGGCUUUCCUGGGCAUCGGUGAUGGGGUUUUGAACACGCAGCUCAGUGCUUUGCUUGCUCUACUUUUUAAGCAUGAUACGGAAGGAGCGUUUGCACAGCUGAAGGUGUGGCAGAGUUCCGCGAUUGCAGUCGUGUUCUUUUUGAGCCCAGUUGUGACAUUGCAGACAAUGGUGGAGAUCAUGGUUGGUGCAAUUUCUGUUUCCUUGGUUUCAUUUCUUUUCCUUACUCUGAAGGUAGAGAAAGCAUUCUCUUCGCACCAAGUUACCAACAUGUAAUAUAUUUCAACCAAGCUAUGGUACAACCAAUGUUUCUUCAAGCUUGGGAAAACUUAAUUACAUGCUACUUAAUGUUCUUUGACGUUUAUAAUUGUAAUAUCCAUCCAAUUACAAGUCUGGUUUCGAAUAUCAAUUUGUAGUUAUAAAUAUCCCUUUAAAUGCAAGUGUUUUCUUAAA